CCCCGAAUGCCGCUAACUUGUUGUGCGAGGAGUGGCAGCGGGCGCUGCUGCUGCACGAUGAUGGACACGUUCUUCGCCCGCUGGGGGCUCGGGCUCCUGUUCGCUUUGGCUUGCCUGCCAGGGGCGCGCGGUACAAGAAUAAUAUGUGAUGACUCCAAGUUCCAGUGUAAAAAUGGUCACUGCAUAACUCAAGUAUGGCAGUGUGAUGGAGAUGAAGACUGUACUGAUGGCAGUGAUGAACUAUCUUGUGUGAAGACAUGUUCUGCAUCAGAUUUUGUGUGCAGGAGUGGACAAUGUAUACCAAACAGGUGGCAGUGUGAUGGGGAUCCUGACUGUGAAGAUGGUUCUGAUGAAAGCACUGAACUGUGCCACACAAGAAUGUGUCAGCAUGGUGAAAUCAGCUGUGGUCCUCGAUCAACUCAGUGUUACCCAGUGUCCUGGAAAUGUGAUGGUGAAAAUGACUGUGAUAAUGGUGCAGAUGAAGAAAAUUGUGCCAAUGUAACCUGUAGCCCAGAAGAGUUCACAUGUGCCAAUGGGCAAUGCAUCUCCAAACACUUUGCAUGCAAUGGGCAGGAAGACUGCACCGAUGGCAGUGAUGAGGUAGACUGUGCACCACCUACCUGUAGAGCAGGCGAGUUCCAGUGCAAAAGUGGCACCUGUAUCCCAGUUAGCUGGGUGUGUGAUGAUGAUUCUGACUGUACUGACCGGUCAGAUGAAUCACCGGAGCAGUGUGGCCACAAACAUCUCCCUACUGUGAAAUGUUUGGAUAGUGAAAUGCUGUGUGACUCGGGAGAAGAAUGUUUUCACAAGAAGUGGCGUUGCGAUGGGGAUACUGACUGCAAGGAUGGAAGCGAUGAGAUCAAUUGUCCUUCUCGGACCUGCAAACCUGACCAAUUCAGAUGUGAGGAUGGCAACUGUGUUCAUGGGACUAGACAAUGUAAUGGAGUUCGAGAUUGUGUUGAUGGAUCUGAUGAAGUGAACUGUCAAGCAGUUAACCAGUGCACUGGAUCUAGCAAAUUCAGGUGCAGGAGUGGAGAAUGCAUAGAAUCCAGCAAGGUGUGUAACCAGAAACAGGACUGCAGAGACUGGAGUGACGAACCUCUCAAUGAAUGCAAUGUAAAUGAAUGCUUGGUGAACAAUGGAGGCUGCUCUCAUAUCUGCAGAGAUCUUGUUAUAGGCUAUGAAUGUGACUGCCCUGCUGGCUUUGAGCUGAUGGACAGAAAAACAUGUGGAGACAUUGAUGAAUGCCAGAAUCCUGGUAUCUGCAGUCAAAUUUGCAUCAACACGAAACUGGGAUACAAAUGUGAAUGUAGUCGCGGCUAUCGAAUGGAUUCACAUACUGGAGUAUGCAAAGCAAUUGGAGGAGAACCAAGUCUGCUUUUUACUAAUCGACGGAACAUCAGGCAAUUUACCCUAGAGAGGCAGGACUAUACCCUGCUGAUAGGAAAUCAGAGGAAUAUUGUUGCCCUGGGUGCUGAUAUGGCUGAGCACACAGUCUUUUGGGCUGACAUUGGGCCAAAGGCUAUCCUCAGUGCCUCAAUUAUUUCUAGUAACAAAGCAGGAUGGUACCGCCAGAUCAUAGAAAAUGUGCAGAGUCCAGCAGCAAUUGCUGUUGACUGGAUUUACAAGAACAUCUACUGGACAGACUCCUCCCUCAAGUCAAUAUCUGUGGUUAACCUUAGUGGUACUAAAAGAAAGAUUCUGUUUAACACUGACUUGAGAGAACCAGCCUCAAUUGCUGUGGAUCCACUUUCUGGCUUUAUGUAUUGGUCUGACUGGGGCGAACCAGCCAAAAUUGAAAAAGCAGGGAUGAAUGGACUUGACAGGCAGCAACUUGUGACAACUGAUAUUGAGAGGCCCACCGGGAUUGCACUAGAUCUUGUGAAGAAUCGUGUCUACUGGGUUGAUUCAAAGCUGCACAAGCUGUCUAGUGUGGAUAUGAAUGGCCAAGAUCGUAGAACUGUAUUGGAAUCUCAUGAAUUCCUUGCUCAUCCUCUUGCUCUGACAAUAUUUGAGGACACCAUUUACUGGACCGAUGGGGAAAAUGAAGCAGUGUAUGGUGCAAAUAAGUUCACAGGUGCUGAACUGGAAACAGUAGUAAACAACCUGAAUGAUGCACGGGACAUCAUUGUGUAUCAUGAACUUGUCCAACAAUCAGGGAAGAAUUGGUGUGAAGAAGAGAACAUAACAAACGGAGGCUGUGAAUAUCUGUGUCUGCCUGCUCCCCAGAUAAAUGACCAUUCUCCAAAGUAUACUUGCACAUGCCCUGAUGGAGACACAUUGCAAGAUAAUGGCUUAAAAUGUAGAGGUACAGGAACUACUGUGGCUUACACUGAGGCAAAAGAAAGCAGCACAACAGAAAAACCACUUGGACCACUUUCUGGAGGACAAAACCAGAGCAGUCCAGUAUCAAGAGAGUUGGCUUCUUCAAAAGGUUCUUCAGCUGCAUGGGCUAUUCUUCCUGUAUUAUUGCUGGCAAUGGCGGCAGCAGGUGGCUACUUCAUGUGGCGUAACUGGCAACACAAAAACAUGAAAAGCAUGAACUUUGACAAUCCAGUGUACUUGAAAACAACGGAAGAAGACCUCUCCAUAGACAUUGGAAGACAUAGUGGUUCAGUGGGACACACAUAUCCAGCAAUAUCUGUUGUAAGCACGGAUGACGACUUAUCUUGAAUAUUCUGGCAGCUGCUGGCUAGUCUACUUGUGCUGUGUACCUCUUUGGGUGUUAGCCACGCCAGCGACUGAACAGAUUCCUUUCCAUUCUGAAAGAAUGAAGACAUGUGAAGCAAGUUCAUAAUUCUCUUACACUAAAGAGAGCUAUAAACAUUGGCCUACAAUUCAGCUUUUGAUAGCUAUUGGCUACCUGUAACAAUUAGAAUCAGUAUUGCCACCACUGGCCAUGUAGAAAGCACUUUCCCAAAAGCCAUAAUGAAUUGAUCUGUUACAGAAGUACUAUUGUAAAUAUGUGUACAGGCCCACUUGUAAAUCUUCCUGUGGACAGUCUAAGCACUUUGACAUGUUUUUCAAUGUAAAUUACUGUACAAUUUUUUUUCAAUAGUUGGGCAAUGGCAAUAGGAGAAAACGGGUUACUCAGAUUAAUUGCCAAAAAUUUGUAAACUUUAACUUUUGUAUGACAUGUGAAUUUGUCCUCCCUGAGCCACCUACAGGGGUGUGCAGAGGACAGCUACUCUGUAUCAGAAACCACUGUAAAUGUCAACACUGAAAUGACAUUAAAGAGAAGCAAAUCUA